AGCUUCAGUCUCCUCCAGCGGCGGACGGACCGACACCGACUUCUCUCUCUCUCCCGUAGCCGCCGUCGGGCCGCGCUUCUCGGCCAUGGCGUCCAUCGUGUGCCGGGUCCAGUUCCUGGAGGACUCGGAUCCGUUCGUGUGUACCAACUUCCCCGAACCCCGCCGACCCCCGCCGGUCGCUCUGGAGGAGAACCUGCCGCUCAGCGAGCAGGUCGCCGGGAUCCACAAGCUGCUGGCGGCGCCGCUGAAGUUGGAGGACUGCACCCUCCAGUUGAGUCCCAGUGGAAACUAUCUGGAUCUGGAUUCUUCUCUGUUGGAGCAGCGAGACGAGCUGGAGAAUUUCUACGAAGACGUGGCGUGGUUCGAUCCCGCCCACACAGUAGAAGUGUCCUUGGGCAAGACGCUGAAGCCCGAGUUGGAUGGCAGGCAGCUCAGAACGGGAAACAUAAAGUGUUAUCUGGUGGCCCUUCGGAGGCCGCGACCCGCAGAGAAGCUGUACAACUCUCAGGGUCCGGAGCUCCGGCGCUCGCUCUUCUCCCUCAAGCAGCUCUUCCAGGAUGAUAAAGAUCUGGUUCCGGAGUUCGUGGCGUCUGAAGGUUUGACGUGUUUCAUUAAAGUGGGAGCAGAAGCCGACCACAACUACCAGAACUACAUCCUGAGAGGUGAGACUCAUCUGAACACACCUCCACUGUUCCUGGACCUUCUAGAACCCAAUCAAAUCUUUCAAUCUAGGCUGGUGUUGAUCCAGAAAGUCCCCGUCAGUGUCUAUCUAUGGAUGGAUCCAAGCAAGACUCUGGCGGUGCUCCCGGACCAGGACUCCUUCUACGAUGUGACCGACAGUCUGGAGCAGCUGGGGAUGGAGGCCGUCAUCAGCAAGUACCUGAACAACAAGGGGGCGGAGCCUGACCUGAGGGCGCAGUUCACCAUCUAUGAGACGGCUCUCAGGUACGAGGACGGUGACAUCGAUGACUCCUCCCCUCACCUCCGUAAGGAGAGACGGAAGAUGGCUGCCGGCGAGCAGGACGGACGGAAGAGCCGUCGUUCGUCCAACCAGAGCCUGCCGGACGUCCUGUCCCCCUCCAGCUCCCUCUCCUCCCCCAUCCUCUCCCCCGUCUCCCCCUGUGUCUCCUCCCCCUCCACGGUGCUCGGCAGCAGGGCGUCGUCCCCGCUGACCUCCGAUAGCUCCGCCUCCAGUCCGUCCGGGUCCCAGAGAGGCUCGCCGCUGCCCCCAGCAGCCAAUGGCAGCGUGAGCACGGAGCAGCAGGACGCCGCCACACCCAGCCACAGUGCCUCCUCUGAUUCCUCCCUGCAGGACAAAUCGUCUCAGUUGAACUCGGAGCAGCUCAGCAACAAGACGGAAACUAAAACCAGCUUCAACUCAGGGGAGGAAGACCAGAUGUUCUGCCCUGAUGACUGCAGUGUAAAUCUGGACAAACCCGUCCUGAGGAAGUUUGAAGACACCUUCCUACGCAGCCUGGCGGCCACUCAGUGGGAGAAGAAGAAGAAGAACAAACAGCUGAGCCAGUCCCGGCCGUCCACCUCUGAUGAUGUCAUAACUGCGAGCCCGCCGCCCACAGCAGAGGAGGGGGGCGGGGGUGCUGAGGAGGCGUCGCGUCGCGGUUCAUCAUCCAGCAGUUUGGACACAAACGGACACUCAGACUCCCAGAAUGAAUCAGUGUUUCCGAUGCAGCGCCAGUGCAGCACGCUGUCCAACGACAGGAAGUUCCUGCUCGACAUGCUUUACUCCAAACCGUCUGCGGCGGCGCCUCUGAGCCCGACGGCUGCUGCCGACACCACCGAAGAAGAAGGAGGCUUCCUGCCUGGUGAAGAUGUGGCCGGUCAAGGUCGUGUGUCGGAGCGUCUGUCCAGCUUCAGAGCGCGCUCAGUAGAGCCCAGCGGUCCCAGCGAGAGCAGCGCCUCCCGCAGAGCGGAGCUGGAAGGUCUGGAAGGUUCUGCUCAGGCGGCGCUGGCCCGACUGGCUGAAGAAAGGCAGAACCGGAGUCUCCGGCAGCAGAGCAGCAUCGACGCCGAGGCCCAGGCCCGGCGCCUGGAGACGACCCAGAUGGUUCCGCUGGGUGCCGGCGGUUCGAGUGACGCCUGGGACCAGCUGCAGCCGAGCGCUGCCGCGCUGCGCAUCAAGGACCUGGACUUCUCGGACCUGCUGGACGAGGAGGACAUCGAUGUUCUGGACGUGGACUCCUUCGACUCCUCAGCCUCCCACCUCACCGGCCUCCCCCCACCUCCUCCUCCUCCCCCGGCCGCGGCGGCGUGUCAGAGGAAGAAGAAGACGGUGAAGCUGUUCUGGAAGGAGCUGAAGCAGGCAGACGGACCGACUAAGUGCCGCUUCGGCCGGGGGACGGUGUGGGCGUCGCUGGACAAGGUUACCGUGGAUACAGCCCGUCUAGAACACCUGUUCGAGUCCAAGGCCAAGGAGCUGGCUGUUACCAAGAAAGGACCGGAGACCAAGAAGUCUGAGAUUCUGGUUCUGGACCCGAAGAGGAGCAACGCCAUCAACAUCGGUAUGACGGUCCUGCCGGCGGUCCACGUCAUCAAGACCGCCAUCCUCAACCUGGACGAGUUCGCCAUCAGCAAGGAGGGCAUCGAGAAGAUCCUGACCAUGACGCCCACCGAGGAGGAGAAGCAGAAGAUCCAGGAGGCCCAGCUGGCCAACCCAGACGUCCCUCUGGGCACCGCCGAGCAGUUCCUGCUGAGCCUGGCCUCCAUCAGCGCCCUGACCCCCCGCCUGCAGCUCUGGGCCUUCAAGCUCAACUAUGAGGUUCUGGAGAAGGAGAUCGCAGAGCCGCUGUUCGACCUGAAGCUGGGGAUGGAGCAGCUGGCAUCCAAUCAGACGUUCCGGAGGAUCCUCGCCACGCUGCUCGCCAUCGGGAACUUCCUGAACAGCUCCAGCGCUAAGGGCUUCGAGCUGGGCUACCUGGAGAAGGUGGUGGAGGUGAAGGACACGGUCCACCGUCAGUCUCUGCUGCAUCACACCUGCAGCCUGCUGGUGGAGAAUUACCCACAAUCCUCGGACAUCUACUCUGAGAUCCCCGCCAUCACCCGAUCCGCCAAAGUGGACUUCGAGCUGCUGUCGGAGAACCUGGUCCAGCUGGAGCGCCGCUGCAAAGCAUCCUGGGACCAUCUGAAGGUGGUGGCCAAGCACGAGACCAAGGCGGCUCUGAAGAACAAGCUGACGGAGUUCCUGAAGGACUGCACCCAGAGGAUCAUCAUCCUGAAGGUGGUGCACCGCCGGGUCAUCAACAGGUUCCACUCCUUCCUGCUGUUCCUCGGCCAGCCGUCCUCCUCCGUCAGAGACAUCAAAGUGACCAGUUUCUGUCGGAUCAUCAGUGAGUUUUCUCUGGAGUAUCGGACCACCAGAGAACGGGUUCUGACCCUAAAACGCAAACGAGCUGCUCACAGAGAGAGAACCAAGACCCGAGGGAAGAUGAUCACUGAGACGGAGAAGUUCUCCGGGGCAGUGCCUCUCCAGGAUGGACCCUCGCCGGUCUCUGUGGCGAUGGAGGCGGAGCCUGGUGUGGAGGAGGAGCACGAGAACAUGAAGAACCUGCUGAUCAGCAGCGACGGCGGCCUGAGUGUCGACCAGAGAGGCCUGAGGCGCUCCAGAGCCGUUCGCACUCUGGGCCGGGUCAGUCCGUCUCAGAUGGGAGCAGCCAGAGAAGACGGCUCGAGUCCUCAGGACGACGCCACCGAUGAGAUCAUGGACCGGCUGGUGAAGUCUGUUACCCAGAACCCAUCGGACCGGGCCUCCAGCCCCAAGACACGCAAACGCUCCCGACUCAACAGGAAGUCAUGUGAGUAUGAUGCUGGGCUCGGCCAGGUUCUGGUUCUCUCUUGGUCGGUUCUGUCAUCAAGACCUAAACAGCUGGUCCGUGUGAACUACGACUCCCAGGAUGCAUUUCGGGCCAAAGCGUCUCCAUGA